GCAAGAAAUGGGCUUUGAUAUGAGCCCGGUGGGCUUGAAGAAGCUGUGUCGGGAGAAGCGGCUGUUUGCGAGUCUUCCAGAGCUUAACGAGGUUCUUCAUCUCCAUCACAGGGGCAUAGUCGAGAUUAAAGGCCUCGAAGAGUACACUGGAUUAAAAACUCUCCACCUCGAGUCGAAUGCAAUACUGAAGAUCAAAGGUCUGGAUUGCCUCAUGAAUCUUCGCUGCCUCUAUUUAAACCAGAACUUGCUCGAAGAUGUGGAAGGACUUGAUAAACUCCCCCGCUUGGAAGCACUCGAUCUGGCAGAUAAUCAGAUCAAGUGCUUGAAAGGACUCUCUUGCUGCCAGUGCUUGCGUCAACUUAAUCUUUCCGGAAACAUGCUUUGCCUGGAGGAGGACGUCGCGCAUCUCACAAAAUGCAAGAGCUUGCAGUCACUCGACAUCUCCAGGAACAAACUUGACAACGAAGAGUCUCUCCAGAUAAUUCAAUCGCUUCGUCUCACCCUCUUGAAAAUGUCUGGAAAUCCGAUUGUAUCAACGAUACCAUAUUACCGGAAGCUUUGCCUCGUCCAAAUGCCCACGCUUACGUACCUGGAUGAAUCUCCUGUCUCUGAGAACGAGCGUCGCCUGGCAAGAGCAUGGACAGAAGGUGGAAACGAGGAGGAGACAUCAAUGCGGGAAACUAUACGCAAGGAAGAAGCUCAUCAGAGAGAGAUCCAUCGUCAAGGUACUGCCACCGUUUUGGAAGGAUGGAUGGUUCUUUAGCCAUCUCUAGAGCAGCAUUCGAAGCCAUGAUCGAGGAAGCGACGGCCGAGCUGGCCGAGAACGAGCGAAAGCAAAGAGAAGCGGCAGAAAGAACUCAAGAGGAGCGAGCCGAGGCAGCCGCAAGAGAAGAGCAGUUCCGAGCCGAGAUUGCUGCGAGAGAGGAAGCAAAGAGGGGACAAGAGAUCCAAGAGCAGCGGAGAGCCGAGCUAGCAGCGAUGGAGGAGAAGCGAGCUGCCGAGCUUGUAGCAAUGGAGGAGGAGCUAGCCGCGGAGCUUGCUGCGCGCGAGAAGAACUUGUCCGAGGAAUGGAUUCUAGAGCGGCUCGAGUGCGCUGACAAGGAGAGGAAGUUUAAGGAGGAGCUCCAGGAGCGCGUCUUGGAGCGAAUGGCCCAAGACAAGAACGUCGCAAGGCCUAUGCUCUGGGGAACCAAAGCUUACAAGAGUCUCUGGGAAAUAGCAACUAAUAUAGAACAAUCUUAAUCAA